GAAUGUGUGUGAGUGUGUGUGUGGGCGUGUGGAGGGAAGUGGCUGCAUGAAACUGCUAAUAGAAAGCAAUCAAGAGGCAUCAUUUUCACGUUUAAGGAUAUUCAAUUUCCCUAAAUCCCUUCUCAUGAAUUGUGUCAGGUGGAAAGAAGAUUCAGAUUUCUUUGUUUUUCUGUUUCAGAUGUUAUCUGGACAAUAAGAGGCCGAUGCCUGUACUCGGGAUACUAUUAAGGACACAGAGGUUAAAUCCUUAUUAAUAUUUCAGAGAAUUCGGGGCUUUACAUCAACAGAAGUUUACAUGUUGGAUUUCUUUAAAGCCGGAUUCUCAUAGUUGUAAUAAAAAAUGGUAAGAUUCGAUUGUUGUAAUGCAAAGGUAAAAUAACAUAAAUAAAUGGCUUUGGAUUAGAUAUUUAGUAUUCUAUGGCAAAAGUCUGCACUGGAAGUGUGGAUGAACAACAUAAAAAGAAAAGGACAUGUUGUACAUUGUUUCCGAUGUAUAAUAAUGUAAAACGUGAACACCUUUGUUGGUGUUAAGCCAACACGUUCUGGGGAGGGUGGGGUUACAUUGUGGGGAUGCGGUCUCAUGACUUGAGUCUAUCUAAUACCUGGAUAUAGCUCUGCAUAUAUAUGUUGUUUACAUAUUGAUUUUAGGAUCAGCUCCUGUGUGAUGUGUCCCAGCUAACAACCCCACAGGCCCCACUGCAAGAGGCAGCCUCUUCAAUGAUGCAGGUCGUGUGCUGCCUCCAGGGGACGUAGGUAGUGACUUAGAAAACAAGCACGUACAUUCCAAAUGAAAUAAUGUCAUCUUUGUUGCGCAGUGUAAAGUCUUUAAAUGAGAAGAUAGUGGCCAUUGAAAACAUUAUGUGGAUUAAAUACAUGAACACUAAUCAGCGUUGUUCAUGUUUCUACCAUCUUUAACCUAUAAUGUGAUCAACUCGGAUGGAACAACAAUAUAACUUGCUAUUAUAUAUAUAUGUAUAAUAUCUGUAAUCAACCAUCUUAUAUAAAAUGCUGCGAGUUGUGAAUUAGAACUUCACUUGUAUCUGACGUUUCCGAGAAUUUUUUUUCCCGAGGGGCCCUGAAAGCAGCAUACAGCAACAGUGUGCCUAUGCGACGUGGUCAUGCCUUCUCCUAAGUUGUAGUUGCUGGUCAUGGCUAAGCAGUACGACGUGCUGUUCAGGCUGCUGAUGCUCGGAGACUCGGGCGUCGGGAAGACGUGCAUGCUGCGCAGGUUCACGGAGAGUUACUUCGACCAUUCACACAUCUCCACCAUCGGAGUUGAUUUUAAAAUGAGAACACUAGAAGUAGAUGGAAUCAAGGUGCGAGUACAAAUAUGGGACACGGCGGGUCAGGAACGUUAUCAGACCAUCACCAAGCAGUACUACAGGCGUGCACAGGGCAUCAUCUUUGUAUACGACAUCACGAGCGAGUCGUCCUUCCAGCACAUCGUGAAGUGGGCCAGUGAUGUGGACGAGUUCGCCCCGGACGAGGUGCGGACGAUCUUGGUAGGAAACAAGUCUGAUGAGGAGCUCAGGAGGCAGGUACCAAAGGACCAAGGAAGCAAGCUAGCAGAGAGCUAUGGGAUGGAGUUCUUUGAGACCAGUGCUUCCACCAGCAGUAAUAUCAGUGAGGCCUUCACUCGAGUGACAGAACUGGUGCUGCAGGCUCACAAGAAAGACGUGGAUAACUUGUUGGGAUCUCUGGACGAUUAUCUGGAGAAGGCCGCUUUGGAAGAGGAGAAAGGCUCCGACUGCGACACCAUUCGGAAGGCCUGCGCCUGUUAGGAGAAGGAAAGGUCGCAGUACUAUGGCUCAUACUUUAGCUUAAGACAUAUGCUCCCCACUCAGCCCUCCUCCGCCUCCUUCAUGGAUACUGGGAUCAUCUGGCCAGAAGGGUGCUCAAUUGGUUUGAGCUUUGUAAGUAUGUGAGACGCUAGCUGCAGUUAGCAGCAGCAACCAGCAGGGGGCGGUUUCUGUUGCAUGACGCUGAGCCCUGGAGCUAUCAAUGCACGUGCUAUGUGUGUAUAUUUAUAUAUAUAUAUCAAUAAAUGUGUGUGUGUAUGUAUAUAUGUGUGUGUGUAUACACACACACACACACAUAUAUACACACACACACACACAUGUUUGUGUGUGUAUAUAUGCUAAAACAAGGUAGCCAGAGGACAGAGUUGAAUUAUUUACGCCUCGAAACUCGAACCAAGCAGGGGUGGAUUCUUUUACACAAUGGGCUUAUUUCCUCAAGGAAGAUGGUGUUGUGUCAUGUCCAGUGACCUUUCUGAAUGCAGUGCAUGUUUGUUUUCCACCCUGAAUGUAAAUGUAUACGUUAGUUUUUGUUAUGAACGUGACUGGCAUUGCCUGCUGUGUGUUACACAUUUAAGCAGGCUGCUCAGAAUGAUGUUUUCAGGGUUUGCUGAGGUGCCACAUGAUAUGUCAUUUAAACGUAUUGUUAAUAAAUUGCCAGAUUUAAAACGGA